CGAAAGCAUCUAAUGGCUCUAACCGCUUUGUCACCUCCUGCAGAAACGUCCCACAAGUUCCACCCAAUCCGUUGGGGUGCGUAGCCUGCCCCCCCACCCCCAGUGCCAUGUACUUUCACCAGUUACUGUUGCCCCUUUGCGUUUAAAAGGAAAUGCUGCUUUGAGGUCCUUUUUCAGACUUUAGUAACUGUGAGAACUGUAAUCUCCAUCAGCGGGGACUUUAUCGCACAAGGGCCACCCUGUUUCACCCUUGUUUUGCAGGAACGGCACAACCGCGUUCAGGAAUGAGAUGGGGCUGUGAAAAGUGUGCCUGCCUUGCCUCUUGGCGGCAUACGUACUGUAGACCGUUCCAGAACUUCUUCAGCAUGGCCUUUAGGAGCCUCCAUUUUCCUUGGAUGCCUGUUUUUCCUCACCGGUGUGACCAGAGCCACGGUGCCAUUUCAUUGGGUACCAGCUUCCAAAGCGGAAAUUGGGCAGAAUUUGAUGGGACGCAAAAAACGAUUGAUAUCGAGCGCUGGUUUAUUCCGCUGGUUUGCAGUGUCAGUGGAGCAGCUCCCGGGAGACCCCGCGCCGGAGAACGUGCGUUGGGGUGAACUCCGCCGGGCCUACAGGUGAUACAGGAUUAACGCACAGCUCUUCCGCCCCACACCAGGUCGCGGGAUCCACACACUGCUCUCCGGGAAGGACGGUGCAAGAAAAGCAGGCCGAACUGUAGCCCGACAGCCGCGGAGCCAGCAGAAGUUCUUCGCUAUGGACGUAGAUGAGGAGGAGAACAUGAGUUCGUGCAGCACCGACGUAAAGGAAAACCGCAACCUGGACAACGUCUCCUCCAAGGAGGGGGCAGGCGAGGGCACCCCGCUCCCAAACGGCAGCGGUGGGGGCGGCCGGAAGCGGCCGCUCGAGGAGGGCAAUAAUGGGCAUGCGCACUCCAAGUUCAGGCCCAAGAAGCGCAAGAAAACGCCGGGGCCCGUGCUGCCCAAGAACGCGCUGAUGCAGUUGAAUGAGAUCAAGCCGGGCCUGCAGUACAAGCUGCUCUCGCAGACGGGCCCCGUGCACGCGCCCGUCUUCGUCAUGACCGUCGAGGUUAACGGGCAGCUCUUCGAGGGCUCCGGCCCCACCAAGAAGAAGGCCAAGCUGAGCGCGGCCGAGAAGGCGCUGCGCUCCUUCGUGCAGUUCCCCAAUGCUUCCGAGGCUCAUCUGGCCAUGGGCCGCACGCUUAGCGUCAACACCGACUUCACCUCCGACCAGGCCGACUUUCCGGACAUGCUCUUCAAUGGCUUCGAGACGCCCGCCCCCCCCGAGGAGCCCUUCUACUUGGCCUCCAACGGCAACGGCUCCUUCGGCUCGCUGGGGGAGUACCCCCUGCCCGCGGCGACGGGCACCGGCAGCCUGGCGCAGUCGCCGCUGCCCCCGCCCUCCGCCUUCUCCUCGCCCUCCGGCGGCAAGAACCCGGUCAUGAUUCUCAACGAGCUACGGCCGGGUCUCAAGUACGAGUUUGUGUCGGAGAGCGGCGAGAGCCACGCCAAGAAUUUCGUCAUGGCCGUGACGGUGGACUCGCAGACCUUCGAGGGCUCCGGCCGCAACAAGAAGCUGGCCAAGGCGCGUGCUGCGCAGGCGGCCCUCUCCACGCUCUUCAACAUGCAGCUAGACCAGACGCCCUCCCGCCAGCCCAUCCCCCGAGAGGGCCUGCAACUGCACCUGCCCCAGGUGUUGGCCGACGCCGUCUCCCGGCUGGUGGUGGACAAGUUCAGCGAGCUGACGGACAACUUCACCUCCCCUCACGCGCGGCGGAAAGUCCUCGCUGGGGUCGUCAUGACAACAGGCACCGAUGUCAAGGAGGCCCAAGUAAUCUGCGUUUCCACGGGAACCAAGUGCAUAAACGGGGAGUACAUGAGCGACCGAGGCCUGGCGCUGAACGACUGCCACGCCGAGAUCAUUGCCCGCCGCUCCCUCAUCCGGUACCUGUACUCCCAGCUGGAGUACUACCUCAGCAACAACAAGGAAGAGCAGCAAAAGUCCAUCUUCACCAGGUGUGAGAAGCAUGGGUACAAGCUGAAGGACAACGUGCAGUUCCACCUGUACAUCAGCACCUCGCCCUGUGGGGACGCCCGCAUUUUCUCGCCCCAUGAAGCUGGAGUGGAAGACCAGGGAGACAGACACCCCAACAGGAAGGCGCGGGGGCAGCUGCGGACCAAGAUCGAGUCCGGAGAGGGGACCAUCCCCGUGAGGUCCAGCAACACCAUCCAGACGUGGGACGGCGUCCUGCAGGGGGAAAGGCUGCUCACCAUGUCCUGUAGUGACAAGAUCGCCAGGUGGAACGUCGUGGGGGUCCAAGGCUCGCUGAUGAGCUACUUCACGGAGCCCAUCUACUUCUCCAGCAUCAUCCUGGGCAGCCUGUACCACGCAGACCACCUCUCCCGCGCCAUGUACCAGCGUAUCGCUGACAUCGAGGACCUGCCCCAGCAGUUCACCCUGAACAGACCCCUGCUCAGCGGGAUCAGCAACGCCGAGGCCCGGCAGCCCGGAAAGGCCCCCAACUUCAGCGUGAACUGGACGGUCGGGGACCAGGCGCUGGAGGUGAUCAACGCCACCACGGGGAAGGACGACAUGGGCCGACCGUCGCGCCUCUGCAAGCACGCCCUCUACAGCCGCUGGGUGCGCCUGCACGCCAAGCUUUUGUCCACGCUACGGAUCAGAGGGCCCAAGCCAAGCUCGUAUCACGAAGCCAAGCAGGCGGCCGUGGAGUACCACACGGCCAAGCAGACGCUCAUCAAGGCCUUCCACAAGGCAGGUCUAGGAGCCUGGGUGAAGAAACCCAUUGAACAGGACCAGUUUUCCCUCAGCUCCUGAGAAGAGGCUGGGCGCUGGCGGGAGGAGGCCGAGGUGCCAGACUACCAGCGUGUUUCCGUGUGUGUGUGUGUGUGUGUGUGUGUGUGUGUGUGUGUGCGCUCGCAUAUGCGUUCGUAAGUGCUUGUUGGUCCACAACCAGACCUCUCAGCCCUUCCAAUUUUCAUUCCUCCUCGUCCUUGACGGUUUUUUUUUUUUUUUUUUUUUUGGCUGUCCCACGUGUCACCAUUACCGCAGUUAUCGUUCGCAAAAGAACAUUUCUCUCAUUAAUUUGUCAUCGGUCAAAUUGCAUUACCUGAAGUCUUGUUCAUUUUAAACUGGAAAUGGAAAUGUUGUUUAUAUUUCGUUGUUUUAUUUUCUUUUAGAAAAGGUAUAAAAUAACAUUUUAUAAGUGAGAAAGGAUACAGAAGAAAACAGAGCCAGUUACCUAGACAACGUUGCCUAAACAGCACGUUAGCACGUUAAUGCCAAAUAGCGUGUGUGUGUGUGUGUGUGUGUGUGUGUGUGUGUGUGUGUGUGUGUGUGUGCGUGUGCGCGCACGCGCGUUCCGGUAGGCUACUCGACUAGAAUCGGAGCAGGGGGUCGUGGGUGUUUCUGUCUUCGUGUGUCGUGUGCCCGCAGCAGCAGGUCCGCAAAUCAUAAAAUCCGACGUCCUUUCACGCAUAUUCAGUGCUGGCUGAUUUUAUAUUUAAAAAAUUCGCUGUAGAUUUUUGUCAAAGUACCGAACUGCUUGAGGAUAUUUUCUAUGCUUGUUUUCUAGAGAAUUCUAAAGGGGGGGGUGGUGGGGGGAAGGCAUUGCGUCCACCUCUGUCUCUGUUUUCUGUCCUGUUGAAGUUCAACAGUUCCAUCUAAGAACAGUUGUAAUUCUUACAAAGUCAUGGUUUUAUUAGCAAUAUUUCACAUUAUCAUGGGAAAUGUUCUUUUCCUUUACAGAGUAGAAUAAAUAAAGGAACCUUUUGCCCUUCAAGAUCUUGUUAGACUUAAAAGGUUGAACUGUCUGUUACGGUGAAGUCGCAAAAGGUUUUCAUUUUGAUUUGAAUUAUAAUACACCUGAAUUGCUAUCGCCUUUUAUUAAUGUCAAGCGGAUGCAAACCUGAACUGCAUUUUGAUAGACUGGGACGGUGCAUAUUUUUUCGUUCUCACCACUGCAAAUGCAUGUUUGCACUGUGUCAAAUGGAAAUGUGUCCACUGUAACAAAUGCACUUUUGUCUUAAUAAGGAUACGGUUAGAUUUUGACAGCCUCUUAUCGACGAACUGUCUCUUAUUCCUUGGUCUUAGAUGUGCAGCUACAUUUACGAUGCCAAAUGGAUCGUUGGUGACACGGGGGCAGGCGGUUGCAUGGACCGCACUGCUACUAACAGAAUCGAGGUUCAAAACACGUCCGUCUCCAGGUUCAGAGAUUGAAAAUAUCUUUCGUAGCCGUUUCCACAAAAGAGAUUUUGUGUGGGAAACAUAUAUAUGUACACAUACAUGCACGCUUGCGUAACAUUUCCGAUGUUUUUACUUCAAAUAAGACCGUUUUAAUUGGAGUUUAGAAUAUAUAUUUUUAAUUGGGAUAGUUGAAUGACUUUUUAAUAAUGCAUGUUUAUUGUUGAAUGAAGCCAUCUUUCUGCAUGGGAACGAAAGCACUUCUGCGGGGGUCAUCCCAUCAUUUUCCCUCUCGUGGUGAGUUUCUGUGCUCUGCGAGCCUCUCGCGUGGCUUUCCGGCGUUGACCGUGAAUGGGAGCCGCAGGGCCGGCUCACUCGAACCCCUGCCGGCGCUGCUUCGCGCAGCUCCUCGGCUCAAAGGACGAGCGCAUGCUCGCGCAGGCGAAGGCCGCACCGCUCGCUGUAAAUAGAGUUCUUGCCGAAGCUUGGCACUCCGCACCCGUAGGAUCCAACGGUGCCCCGACAGCACCGCAGCGAUGUGGCCUCCACUCUGACCUGCCGGGUGAUGCCUUUCGCAGCUUUCACACCGCUUCGCACUCGCCAUAAUACGCUUGUUUUGCGCUGAACAGAAAACACCGUCCGUAGCACGUCAACUGUACGACACGCAGCCGGGCUCCAGUGGGAGGUACGUCCAUUCGUUAGCAAGUCUGCAGUAUGAAUGAACACAGAAGGAGUAAAAAUUGAAACUGAGUGAUAUUUUGGCACGUUUGAUAAAAAGUAAUAUUGCAUUCUUAUGCAGAUUGGUGGUUCCAUCAACAGCUGAUCAUAUAUGAUACCCCGUCGAUUUCGACCUGCAGUUUGUUCGGCUUUUGUCAGCGACGUCACGUAUGACGCAGUGGUGUCUGACUGAACUUUGCACUUUUCUCGUUGAGGCUUCGCCGUGUUGGUGGACUUGUCUCGCAAUUUGAGACAAACUCGAGUUUUUCGGUUCGAAUGUUGGAGUUUUUCAGUACGUGGGAUGGCCAGGGUUUGAUAGAAGCUUUUUUGCAUCCCUUCCCGAAGCGUAGCGUGACAGCAGCGUGCCGCAGGCAUUGUGGUCGAAACCCACUGGGAUCUGACCAGCAUUUCUCGUGCCAUUUGCUAGGCUGCUCUCCAAGCACCACCCGUGUAGAUUCUGCAGGGACUGCUGAACUGUGAACAUUGAAACCCACAGGCAGUAUGGCCACAGACACACAAACACACACACACUUUUUUUAAAAUGGCCAGCUCUGGUUUAUUGGAACCUGCAGAGAAAGGAAUUUUGUGUCCAGACGGCAGUGCAUGUCGACUGAGCCAUGCUUCAUUCCAAUAUAUGUGUGUGUGCACGUCUUCAUUUGUGCAUACGGUGUGCGUGUGGCUGUUUCUUCACCUGCUGCAAAGCCUCAUGGGCACUCCGCAAUGAUGUCACCGCAAUAGAAUGGCGGAGAACCUUCACCAAAGAUGAUGUCAUUAGAUUUCUGCUUCUUUUGUUUGUUUGUUUCUGAGUGGAUGCUAACUUCUAAACUCUGAGUUGCUAGUCUCGUGGCAGAGAUAGCUGGGUGUACUACUUUUUGUUCUCGUUUUUUACGUUAAUUUGACUAAUGUAUUUUAUUUUGUAUAAAAAGGACACUUAAGUGUAUAAUUUUAUUCUAGCUUUGUGAACAGAUGCAAUUGAUAUUUCAGUAUUUCUGUAGCUAUGGAUUCCAAGAUGUAAAUAUUGUGAACCUGAUGUUGUUUCAAAUGGUGGAAAUUCUACACGUGUAACACAAACCGAUGUGUAUUGCACACUCACACUCCCCAGAGCACCUUUCUUAUUUCAGAAUUACAGAACUCGUCGAAAAUCAUAUAUACGCCAUUAUAUUUAUAUAAACCUGCUGUUCCUACCCCAGAGUUGCUAACUGUGAUAUAUCCAAUUUGGAUUUAUCCUCACACCUUAUUAAACCGGCACUUUGUGCCAAAGACACAUCCUACGGUCUCUCACAAAUUCUGCAAAUAUUUGCAGCUCAAAUGGUUUAUUGCUUAUCCCCGCUGAAGCCACAGUCGAAUGGUUUCCGGUAGCAGAGUCAUUGUAGUGUGCAUAUUGAGCAUGCAGAGUGCGAGCGUGUUAUUGAAAGGCCUUUCAGAGCACAGUGGAGCGUGCACAGGGCUGCCUGUUUGUUACCACGGUCGCCCGGCGCUGCGCUCUUUAGAUUAAUGACUCCAGGCUCGGUCGGGAAGGGGGGGCAGGGGGUGUUAGCAUGCUGAGGGCGUGGUCAUUCAGGCACUGAUGUGACAGCACCGUGUUAUUACAUGGAAGGAUUUCAUCACGCUCUCGAUGAGCCGGGGUCACACACCCAUGUCGAAGAUCACUUGCGCAUCACGUAAGGACCGUGGACCUCAGGCUUGCAGUCCAAGUUGUGCGCAGCACAUAUACGCUGACGGCAACUCGCAAGAGGAGGACCUUUGUUUUGUCGUCCCCGGGCGAGAAGCAGGUGAACGACGGCACGAAAGAGACCGAGCGACACAGACCGGCUGUGCUGCCAGGCCUGUUUUGCGGCCGUCGACCACCUUCCGCCUGUCCCAGCGGUGACCUCCCGGACCUUCUGAACUGUGUUGUGUUCGGUGAGUGUAGCGGCGGGCGCGCCAGGGGUCCGCACCCUUGUCCAGCCCACCGUGUCCUCUGUGACAUCCCACACACGGGCCAGCUGCAUGAACUCCCACACCAAGCCUGCACCCAGCAUGAGUGAAAUGAGAAAAAAUAAACAAAAAAUGUACAUGUAGAA